CUAAAAGAACCGAACAAAAGAGAAAAGAGAAAGAAAAAAAAACUUACAUUUGUCUCCAAAAAUCUGAAGAGAAAAAAAAUGGGAGAAUGUAGACCUCUGGGUUUCUUAUUAGGAUUACCAUUUGCUCUUGUUGCUCUCGUUCUUUCCCUAGUCGGUGCUGUUAUCUGGAUCAUUGGGACAAUAUUGAGUUGCUUGUGCCCAUGUUGCUUCUGUUUCGCUGCGUUGGCUAACUUCGCUGUUGGACUCAUCAAACUUCCUAUCAAAGUCCUCCGUUGGUUUACCCACUCCAUUCCUUGUUAAGAAAGACUUGUUAUUAGUUUCACUGAUUAUUUUUUUUAUUCCUUCUUGAUUUAUGUAAUUUUUUUUUUUUUGUAAUCCAUAUCUUUUUUCACAAAUCCAAUAUUGUCACCACGAAACUGAUUAAUAAUCAAUAACUUAACUGAA